AUGACUUCUAUUGAUUUUUUCACCUAUUUGAUCGGAAAGUGGAAGAGAAAUUUGGAAUGGAGAGAAUUUGGUGGAAUUUAUCAACAUUUAUCAACAAGUAACACAUUCCUUCAAUUUGAAGAAAACACCAAAUACGAAUCGACUUACAUUUCCGAAUCUUCUGCUGCUUCAUCAAACACACAAACACCAAACAAUCGUUACGUUCGUUUUUCUUUUGGAAAUUCACCUCAAGACAUGAAAUUUGCGUAUGAAAUGAUUUUUCAACCAUUGUCAAGCUCUUCUUCCUCCACCACAACGAAUUUACAACCAAAUCAUAGACUUUCACAAUCUCAACAAGCUCAACAAGAAAUUCAACAUUUUCAAUGGAAAUAUCUUGGAAAUAUUUGUAAAGGUGAAUUUUAUCCGUUAAAUCAAGUUGCCAUUUUAAAAGUGAUCAUGCCCACGUCGUUUAUUACGACCACCUAUCGAAUUUUGGAUGAAAGUACCAUGGCUGUCGUUAUUGUGGAGGUGGAUGAGAAACAGCAACCAACCAUUCAAUAUGGAAAUAUGUAUCGAUUAAAUUAA